AUGUCCUCCGCUCCGUGGGACUACAUCGCAAAGCUAGUCUGCAUCGGCGAUUCAGGCUGUGGCAAAUCCUCUUUGACGAUUCGUCUGUGCGAGGGACGCUUCGUUCCCCAUCAUGAUGUAACAAUCGGCGUGGAAUUCGGAUCGCGCAUCGUGCCGGUCGGGCCGCCCUACUCCAGCACCAUCACAGCCGCCGCCUCCUCCCGAUCACCCCCCUCACCAGACGGAAAUAACAACGGCGAUGGCACAACAACAAAAACCAACGCAAGCGAAGCAGGGGGCCUCCCACCACCACCAACCAUCCCCGUCGAGAAGCAGGCCAAGCAGCAGCAGCCGCCACAGCCGCAAAAGCACAUGAAGCUCUCGCUCUGGGAUACAGCAGGGCAAGAGACAUACAAGUCAGUGACGCGGUCGUACUUCCGCGGCGCGUCGGGCGCGCUGCUCGUCUUCGACCUCACCCGUCGCGCCACCUUCCAGCACGUCACCGACUGGCUCAACGACCUGCGCCAGAUCGCCGAGCCGGACAUCGUGGUCGUGCUCGUCGGCAACAAGGCCGACCUCGCCUCCCCCGACGCCCCCGACGACGACGACGAUGCCGACAACAACGCUGCCGCCUCAAACACAACACCGGCCGCGGGCAGCACAUCGGCAUCGGCAUCAACCUCGGCAGGAAAAGGGAACAACAAGCGGGAAGUCACACGGCAGGAGGCAGAGGAAUGGGCGCGGCGCAACGGGGUGCUCGAGUACGUGGAAACGAGCGCCAAGAGCGGCGCCAACGUCGAGAUGGCCUUCAUGCGGGUGGCGGAGCGCAUCUUCCAGAACAUCCAGGCGGGCAAGUACGACCUGAACGACCGGCGCUCCGGCGUCAAGGGCCCGAGCGCGGGCGGCGCCGGGUCCGCGGCGGCGGCCAAGGCGGUCCGGCUGACGAGCGAUGCGGGGAAGGGGUUGGGGGGCGGGUGUUGUUGA